CACAAAUACAUUGGUAGCAGCCGGCAUCUCUAUUUAAAUUAGAUUUUUAAGGUUUUUUGUUAAUUGACAACUCAGCAAUUUAUCUGGCUGACUGUCAGUCCUGCUGUAGAGUUCUGAAGAAAAUCUCUGUCCAUACAACCAUGAGUGACACCGUAGGAAAGGUUAUCACUUGCAAAGCUGCAGUGGCCUGGGAGGCGAAAAAACCUCUGGUCAUCGAGGAGGUGCAGGUUGCCCCUCCGAAGGCGGGUGAAGUUCGCCUGAAGGUACUGGCCACCGGCGUGUGCCACACGGACGCCUACACCCUGGAUGGCCACGACUCGGAGGGCAAGUUCCCCUGCAUCCUCGGCCACGAGGGUGGUGGCAUCGUCGAAAGCGUCGGCGACGGCGUCACUGAAUUCCAAAUUGGUGACCAUGUCGUUCCCCUAUACAUUCCGCAGUGUCGCGAUUGCAAGUUUUGCAAGUCUCCGAAGACAAAUCUGUGCAGCAAAAUCAGGACCACUCAGGGCCAGGGAGUGAUGCCCGACGGCACCACCAGGUUCACCUGCAAAGGUUCAGAAGUGUUCCACUUCAUGGGUUGCUCCACCUUCAGUGAAUACACUGUUGUCUCUGAAAUCUCACUGUGCAAGGUUGACCCGAAAGCCCCUCUGGACACUGUUUGCUUGCUUGGCUGCGGCAUUUCCACCGGCUACGGCGCAGCCCUGAACACUGCCAAGGUCGAGCCAGGUUCCACGUGCGCCAUUUUCGGCCUCGGAGCCGUCGGUCUGGCCGCUGCCAUGGGCUGCAAGGAGGCCGGUGCCACCACCAUCAUCGGAGUGGACAUCAACCCCAGCAAAUUUGAAACCGGCAAGAAGUUCGGCUGCACUGAGUUUGUAAAUCCCAAGGACCACCAAGAGCCCAUUCAAAACUUUUUGGUCUCUCACGUUGAUGGGGGACUGGAUUACACUUUUGAGUGUGUCGGCAAUGUCAACACCAUGAGGUCAGCUUUGGAGGCUUGCCACAAGGGCUGGGGCACGUCAGUGAUUGUGGGAGUGGCAGCUGCCGGACAGGAGAUUUCCACCAGACCCUUCCAGUUGGUGACAGGUCGCACCUGGAAGGGCACCGCCUUUGGAGGCUGGAAGAGCAAGGACAGCGUGCCGAUGCUGGUUGAGCGCUACAUGAAUAAGAAAAUGAUGGUCGACGAAUUUGUCACUCAACGCAUGCCACUGGACAAAAUCAAUGAGGCAUUCCAACUCAUGCACGAGGGAAAAAGCAUUCGAAGCGUGGUGCAACUGUAAUAACUAUAAUCUUUCCAAGAAGCUCUACAACAUCAAUAAAUAUACCAAUUAUAUUUUCGCAUGUUUUUCAUAUUAUGUAAUUUGCUCAAAUAAUUAAUUUGGAAUAAAUUUUUGGUAAUUCAUA